UCAAAAUAAUAAAGCCUCACAUCCUCUCAAACUCCCUCUUCGACCGAAAACACCACUUCCCAAAUACUCCAGCCACCGCUCUGUCACCCCAUCCACCACCCACGGUGGUCGAAGACCCAAAACUUAGCCUAAAACCUUCUCCACACUCCCUUGAGCACGAAAUCAAACCCCGAUCGUGCAUGCAACAACUCCCCCAGCCUAGAUCUACGAAAGUAACCUUCAACUUUUACCUUUCUAACGGCGGUGCUCCUUCUCCUCAACGGUGAAAGCUAAGUAUUUCCCUCCUUUAUUUUUUUGUGUUACCUUUUGAGUGGUUUUCGAAUGAAAGCUUAUUGCUCAUCUAUUCAUUUUUGUAGGGUUUUAUAGCACUAAGGGGAUGAAUCUUUCCUUCUUAGCCGACCCUUCAUAGUCCCAAAAUUAAUGGGAUUAAGUAGGGAUUAUUUCCCCUCCUUUUCUUCUGAAGUGAGAGAAGCAGAAAUAGCCAUGGAUUGGACCUCUCUUGAACUCAAGCUCAUCUCCUGCAAAGGCCUCAAGGCCUUCAACUUCUUCCAGAAACUCUCGGCCUACUCCGUCGUUUCCAUGGUGGUCAUCAAUGAACAAUCGAAGAAGAAGGAAGAACACCAGAAGAAACAUCUCCAGCGUCAGAAGACAUCCAUCGAGAGAGGAGGCAAAAACCCUGAAUGGAAUCACUUGUUCGAGUUCGAUCUCCGAGGCUUGUCCCCUGAGGAAACCGAUCAUGUUUUUCUCAAGUUCGAUUUGCGAGCCGACGUUUUAGUUGAUCGGACAAUCGGUGAAGUCCGCGUUCCGUUGAAGGGUCUGAUCGAUGAAUAUGAUGGAGUCGUGCGGUACUUGACUUACCAGGUCCGCAACAGCGACGGGAAGCCUAAUGGGGUGCUUAACUUCUCGUAUAAGUUGAAAGGGAAGAUCGAAACGAGUGAAAAUCAUGAUUAUUCUUCACCUGAAAAACCCCAUUGUUCUCCAGAGAAAGUGGUUUACCCCAAGGUGGAACUCGAUGAUGUUAUCCGCUAUCCUUCAUUGGAUAUUGCUGCUACUUAUACUGUUCCAACGGCGCUUCAAGGGCAAACGCCGGUGGAGGGGAGUGAUUACAGUAGGAAUUUAGGGUUGCCGGUGCAGGGCGUGGCUCCUGGGGGGUACUUUGAUCCAUAUUCGAGACCAUCGCCGGUGAUGCUGCAGCCUUCUGCUACAUAUUGGUACGCAGUGCAGUCAAGUUUACAGCGAUGAUUGGUAUAUAUAUAUAUAUAUAUAUAUAUAUUACAGUGAUGAUUGUUAUUGUUUAGGGAAACAUUCGCGACACUGAAGCUGUUCUUUUUUCUUUCUUUUUAUCGGCAGAAUAUCUGUCUUUUUGUUGUAUUGAUUUCUCAGAUAUUAUUAUAUAAAUGAGAAUCUACUCCACUUGUAGAUUAA